AUGGCGCCGGCGGGGCGGCUGGUUCUGUGUGAAGAGAAGAUCAGGGGGAAGACCGGGCUGGCGCCUCACCGCGGCCUGGCUGAACUUCGGUCAUUAUCUAUUCCUGGAACUUACCAAGAAAAGAUUACUCACCUAGGAAAUUCUUUGAUGAAUUUAACAGGUCUAAAAUCUCUAGAUCUCUCACGAAACUCCUUGGUUAGUCUAGAGGGCAUCGAGUACCUGGCGGCGCUGGAGCGCCUCAACGUCUACCGCAACCGCAUCUCCUCGCUGGCCGAAGUCUUCCGGCUCCGCUCCUUAACGGAGCUCACGGAGGUGGACUUCCGGCUGAACCCCGUGGUGGAGAGCAAGCCUGACUACCGCCUCUCCGUGGUGCACACGCUCCCGCGCCUCCGGCAGCUGGAUGACCGCCCUGUGAGGGAGCGUGAGCGGAAAGCAUCCCGGCUGCAUUUUGCUUCGGAGGAAUCGCUGGACUCAACACAGAGCUUCCCAGCUGUUUUCAGAGUCGAAAGACCGCAUCACUCCAGAGCCAAGUGCACUGACCCCUCGGCCAAGAAGGGCUUGGUCAUGGACGCGGAUGAUGAGGCGGUCCUGAACCUCAUUGCCGAGUGUGAGUGGGACUUGAGCAACCCUCCUGGGAGCAUGAGUUCCAGCCAGCAGGAGCAAGAGGCCAGCUUCCAGAGCUCCCAAGAGUCGCAGCCCCUGUCGAGUCCUGAGUCAGCACGGCACCAGUGCGGGGACGCCCUGAGGAAGGGCCCCGAGACGCGGAGGAGCGGCUCCAGCGGGGGCCGUGCGGGGCCGAGGGUGCAGGACCAGCGCUGCGGCGAGCUCCCCCCGCGGCACUUGGCCCCGCGUCCAGACUCCACGGACACUGAGGACUCAGCCCCCUCUUCUCAGAAGUCAAGUUUAUUGACGCAAAAGGGGUCAAAUCCCUUGCCUGCUCCGGAAAAGUACAGGAAGCGAAGGGUGCCUGGCGGGAGGUUCCAGGCACCUGCGGACCAGGAGCGUCUGUGCUGCCUGGAGGAGAGUCUGGGCAGGCAGAGCGGUCCGGAGGGCUGGAGUGCAGGGCCCUGUUCCCACGCGGCGGCCUUGGGGCCCGAGCAGCGGAGGCCGCGCAGCGUGAGUGAGCGCUGUCACCGCUCCGUUUUGUUAGAAGCGCGCUUCCGGGCUCCGCGCCUCUCCCGCGGUGCGAAGGGCCUCGAGGUGGAAGUGUCACCCCAGGGGGGCUGCCGGCCUACGCAGCCUCCUCGCCCCGCCGGCUGGAGCCAUCCACGGCGCUCUCGGGAGCGGGAGUCCUGGGCGUGCAUCCUUUGGUUCUCGAAGGACACGUCCUCGUUCGGGAGUGGAAGUUCUCCCCCAGAGUCACCCAGAGCGGUUGUGGAUGGUGCUUCGUCGCCCUUGUCACUGGCCCAGUUGGAGAUUGAGACAUUCUCAAAGUUUGGGACACGAGUGAAGACCACCCAGCAGACAACGGAUGUCAGCCCCGGCGGCGCCUCGCCUGAGGGACUGGCCCUUGCUGUGGGCUGGGGCUUUGUGUGUCCCAAAUUGCACUUGACCGUGCCGCCCGGGAAGAAGGCCGCCCUGGAGGUGGCGCUCCUCGGCCUGGUGGAGGACAGGCACUGGGGUGGCUGCAGGCCCCGGCGCAGCAGUGAAGCGUUCCUCGUGAGCCGGCCCAGGGCUCUGCGGGCAGGUGCUUGCGCCCCACUGCUGGGCGCUGGUCCCUGCGUCUCGCUGGACCGCCUCACCGGCCUCACUGCCUCACUGCACUGCGGGGACUGUCCUGAUGCUCAGGCAAGACACAUUUUGUCAUCUGUCCGAGAGUUCACAGCCACUCAGGACAGUUCAACAACGGUGAAUGAAGAAAUUAGCUCCCUGACUAUGGAAAAUAAGUCUUUGCAGAGUCGCCUUGCUGAGCUACAGCAGCAGUAUAGCGUGAAGAUGAGUGAGGUGGUGUCGGAACUCAGCGACACUCGGAGGGAGAUGGAUCACCUGAGGCAGCAUCUGGACAGAACUCUGGAGGAAAGCAGUAGCUUGAAGUCUCUUCUGUUCAGCGUGAAAAAAGAAGUGAGAAACACUGACACUCCAUCCACACUGAACUUGCAGAUCACUGGACUUCAGACAAGUGUGGAGCGGCUCUCCGGUGAGAUUGUGGAACUAAAGCAGCAUCUGGAGCACUACGACAGGAUCCACGAGCUCACCCAGAUGCUGCAGGAGAGCCACAGGUCCCUGGUCAGCACCAACGAGCACCUGCUUCGGGAGCUGGGCCGGGCGCGGGCGCAGCACCAGGCCGAGGCGGAGCAGCUGCGCUGGAGCUACAGGCAGCUCAAGAAGACCACGGCCCCGUUGCCCAGCCGCCCGCCUGUGCCCGCGCCCGCGCCCUGA